CCCCUCCCACCCCUAUCCCCCCGCCUUCGCUGAAGCAGAUGAAAACAAACACUGAUGAUGGCGGCGCCGGGAAGCUACCGGCUGCUGGGCUUCAGGCAGGAGUGAUAACUUGGCUAGUGAGGGAAUCCCUGUAGAGUGCCAGUCGACGUGAGUGCGACAACUCGCGCUAUCUUGGGGGCGAGACGCCGAGGCCUGCGAGCCAGGAGCCUGCUGAAGUGUGAGGUAUCUAUCUGCGAUCUGUGCUGUCACUGCAACCCCGGAGCGCGGAACCCUCAGGCAGAAGGCGCGGCUGGCCGGCCCCAGGCCCCGGCCUCCGUAAUGAAAGUCCCGAUCCGCUCUCUGGGCCCCAGCUUCGCAGAUUCCUAUAGGCAAUGGAAACUGAUCUCAAUUCCCAGGACAGAAAGGACCUGGACAAGUUUAUUAAAUUCUUUGCUCUUAAGACUGUCCAAGUGAUUGUCCAGGCUCGGCUUGGUGAAAAGAUUUGCACCCGUUCAUCUUCAUCCCCAACUGGUUCAGAUUGGUUCAACUUAGCAAUCAAAGACAUCCCAGAGGUUACACAUGAAGCAAAGAAGGCACUGGCAGGGCAGCUGCCAGCUGUUGGGAGGUCUAUGUGCGUGGAGAUCUCACUCAAGACUUCUGAGGGAGAUUCAAUGGAGCUUGAAAUAUGGUGUCUUGAAAUGAACGAAAAGUGUGAUAAAGAAAUCAAAGUGUCCUACACGGUGUACAACAGACUGUCAUUGCUGCUGAAAUCUCUCCUUGCUAUAACUAGGGUGACACCAGCCUACAGACUCUCCAGAAAACAAGGGCACGAAUAUGUCAUAUUAUACAGGAUAUAUUUUGGGGAAGUUCAGCUGAAUGGCUUAGGAGAAGGCUUCCAGACAGUUCGUGUUGGGACAGUAGGCACCCCUGUGGGCACCAUCACUCUUUCUUGUGCUUACAGAAUUAACUUGGCAUUCAUGUCUACCAGGCAAUUUGAGAGGACCCCACCUAUCAUGGGGAUUAUUAUUGAUCACUUUGUGGACCGUCCCUAUCCUAGCUCCUCUCCCAUGCACCCCUGCAAUUACAGAACUGCUGGUGAGGAUGCUGGAGUAACAUACCCAUCUGCAGAAGACUCCCAGGAAGUGUGCACCACUUCUUUUUCCACUUCCCCUCCAUCACAGUGUGUGUUUACUGUCACAAAGGCACAUUUUCAGACCCCUACUCCUGUGGUGACGGACACUCUGAGGGUCCCUAUGCCAGGACUGGCCUUUUCCCAUCAACUCUCAAGCUCUCGCCUUUCCUAUCAGCCUGCUGCCUUGGGCGUUGGAUCAGCUGACCUGGCUUAUCCAGUAGUGUUUGCUGCUGGCUUAAAUGCUACACACCCUCACCAGCUAAUGGUUCCUGGGAAGGAAGGUGGGGUACCCCUUGCUCCCAACCAGCCUGCCCACGGUGCCCAGGCUGACCAGGAGAGAUUGGCAACCUGCGCCCCUUCUGACGGGGCCCACUGUGCUGCCACACCUUCCAGCAGUGAGGAUACUGAAACCGUAUCAAACAGCAGUGAGGGACGGGCCUCCCCCCACGAUGUCUUGGAGACCAUGUUUGUUCGAAAAGUGGGGGCUUUUGUCAACAAACCCAUCAACCAGGUGACUCUGACGAGUUUGGACAUACCCUUUGCCAUGUUUGCUCCGAAGAAUUUGGAGCUGGAGGAUACUGAUCCUAUGGUGAAUCCUCCAGAUUCCCCAGAGAUAGCUUCUCCUCUGCAAGGCAGCCUGCACUCAGACGGCUCCAGUGUGGGCAGCAACGGCAAUGUGCAUGACGACUUUGUUAUGAUCGACUUUAAACCUGCUUUUUCUAAAGACGACAUUCUUCCAAUGGACUUGGGGACCUUCUAUCGUGAGUUUCAGAACCCUCCUCAGCUAAGCAGUCUCUCCAUAGAUAUUGGAGCACAGUCCAUGGCUGAAGACUUGGACUCAUUACCAGAGAAGCUGGCUGUGCAUGAGAAGAAUGUCCGAGAAUUCGAUGCCUUUGUAGAAACCCUGCAGUAAAAGUGUCCUGAGUACCAGCAACACCCCCCUUUUGUGGCCCCAGGGGACAGAGAGCCUCCCAUCCAUCAGCUGCUUCCAUCCCUCAUCCUAUUCCAAGCCAGGUGGAGGAGAGGAUGGUUUCCCCUGUGGGGACCCAAAAAUCCCUGCUCUUGGACCUCCUGGAAACUCCAUAGCAACAGUUAAGCCCAGUACAGCAGUCAAGCCCAAUACCAGCAUUGAGAGGACUCCCCUCUGGCCUUGAAGAUAGGAAGACCCUUUGUACAAAAGGACGCUCGGAAGGCUCAUCUGAGUGCCCUGCCCAUUGUCAGCUGAUUCACAAGGGUGUCAAUCCUGUUCCUCCUGCUGCCAGCCUCCAGUCUGGGCCUGCCCUGAAGCUGGCCUCUUGCCUGCCUGCUGUUACCAUCAACCAUUUGACAUUCCAGCUGGCAGCCCAGAAACUGGUACGGAGCCAGGAAGAGGAAGAAGACAGCAUUGGGAGGAAGGAGAGGGGGGUCUUUAGGCUCUUUGUUGUCUCUUUCACCUCCUGCUAGCUUCUUCCUCUCUCUCCCUCUCUCUGCCACCUGUGCCUGUACUUCUGGCAAUAUGACAGGCCUGUCCUCCCAGGAUAGUGAGAGCUCCAGAGCUAGCCAGCCCCAUCCCGAAGGUGGUGCAGCCCUUCCUAGAGGGUCUGAGCAGCCCUUGGCUGCCUGUGCUCUGCUCCUCAGUGACAUGGGAAAUAACAAACAAUCCUAUGUCCCUAGAAUUCUGUCACUGGGAGUCACAGCAAAGGUUCUUUUUCAUUUCCUUCCCCAUUGCUGCUCCUGGGUUAUAGAACACGGUAAAUAUUUAUUACUUUCAAAGAAAUCAGAUAUUUUAUAGAGAAAAUAUGUUCAAGGUUAGAUGUUUUCACUUGGGGAAGGUGGAGGGCCUCUUCCUGGGACAGAGGCUCUGCCUGUGGAGGUGCCUCAGAAUCCGGUUGCUGCUCUGAGGAAUAGGGCUGGCUAAGGGCAAAACAACCUUCCAGAAUUGCUACAUUCGAAUUGACUAAAGGCUUUACCUGGGACACUGACAUAUUCCUGGUGAGAGCCUUGGGUCUCUCACAGCUUCUGCAGAGUAACUGACUCCAUUCUGGCUGCCCAGGAAGUCUUGGGCGCUAAAUGUGAUAACCGUGCAUAGUGCCCAAGGGACUUUGUGUGUCUCCCUCCUGCUAGGGUACUUGUUCCUGAUCUUUGGGGCUAGACUGUGGAGCUUUUCCUCCUCCUGCCUAGGCCUAGCCACCACUUUCCUUUAGUCCCAGGGUCUGUAUACUGCCCUGGGGUUUACUAGCUGGGUUGGUGUCUUGAGAAACCAAAGCUGGGCAUGUGAUUGACUUAACCCUUCAGGUAUUGUUACUUGAAUAAGUCAAGUGCCUAGCUGCACCCGCCUGUCACUUGUCCUCUCCCAGUCUUGCUGGGAGCCCUGACUGAGGAGAGCUAGGCCUGCCCCUUGCCUCCUGGCCAACCUGGGGCACUCAUCAGUAGUAGCUGUGCACCUCCAUGCAGCAGGUGGCUCUCAAUUGCUUGUUACUAAACUGCAUGUGACACCGUUCCACCUAGGAGACCACUGAGGGCUGAGGCAGGCUCUGGUCGGGGCCUUGGGCUCAUGCAUGCUUCAGCUGCCACAAAAGAAAUGUUCCCAGCAGUAGUGGCCAACUCCUGUCUUUGAGGCAGAGCACUUGGGUGGCCUGCUAAACCAGAUAAGCCACAAAUCCCUGGCUCUGAGGAGGGGAAAGGCCCCUGACAAAUUACUGAUCCUCCCACCCCAGCUGCUGACCUCUUUACCAGUCCUUGCAUGGAAAGGCCUGUUGGCCGUUGGCUGCAGUUGUCCAAGGCAGUCCUCUUGGACUCCCUGUUGGCAUCUGCAGGCAGCAGCCUUUUACAGGGCCCCACUGUAAGAAAGCCAGGAAGCUUGGCCCUUUGAGCUGAACCUGGAAGAAACAAAGCAACUUAGAGGCUGGCCCUUGCCCCUCAUCUGUGUACCAUAAAAAGUAUGAGCCCUAGACUGACUCCUGCAGCACCCUGGGGACAGGCUGGGACCAGCCAUCUGUCUCCAGGUGGCAGAGUCCCUCCUCCUCCUCCAGCCUAUUUUGUUUGGAAAUACUGAGCUACACUUCAAGAUGUAUUAAAGAGAUUUCCAAUAAAAUCUUUUCUGUACUUUACA